GCAAGCUCUAAAACAAAGCAGAAGAGAAAAAAAGAAAACCUUGAAACCUACAUCAACAGAUGUUGCCUGCAACAUAAAACUUGCGACCACAACGAACGCUCUCACCUCCAUAUCCUUGUCUGCCCCCCUUCCCUCUCUCUCGACCCCAGAUCUUAUCUCUCCCUUUUAUCAGCAACACUUUCGCAUUUCCUCUUGCUUCCACUUUUACUUCUCUCUCUGUCAACAACGAAAGAAAGAAAAAGAAAAGAAGAGAAAGAGAGAGCUUGUUUGUAUGCAAGUAAUAUGGGCAUGUGACUUCACUUUUUUAACUAGGUUUUGAAGUUUCUAAUUCACUAAGGUUAUUAAUCUUUAUCAAGAUUUUUUGGAGCAACUGCACUGUAGGAGUUAGUAGGAGCAAGGAGCUGCAAUGUAUACUGGAAUAUUUAAGUGUAGGAAUCAGAGAUGGUAUUCUUUCUUUCAUCCAUCAAAGCAUUUCAUUAGGCCAAACUGCCAGGAUCGGCCUCUGAGUUGUACAACAGUAGUGAGGGACCACUUUUCACAUGUUAGUUUCAUUAAAAGACAGCUAUUACAUUCAAUUUCAUCAAGGAGUACUGCCUUUGGAAAUAGUGAUAGUGGUUUACAUAUAAGGUCUAAUAUGUGUUGGACGAAUAUUCAAUUCCGCACAUGUAGUUCGGGAGCCAAUGGAAGGAAUACAAGUGAGGAUAAACAUGGCCCGGUGAAAGAUGGGGCUAGCUUUGAUAAUGAGAAGACUCAGCGAGAAAGAGUUAGUGAAGAUGCGAAGCAUUGCGAUGCACACGCUCAAUUGGGGGAACAAGAUCAAAAGGAGUGGCUUCAUAAUGAGAAGCUUGCUAUAGAAAGUAAAAGGAAGGAAUCUCCAUUUUUGACUAGACGAGAAAAGUUUAAAAAUGAAUUCUUGAGGAGAAUUGUUCCAUGGGAGAAAUUACAUGUUUCUUGGGAUAAUUUUCCGUACUACAUCAAUGAGCACACCAAAAAUACUCUGGUCGAAUGUGUUACUUCCCAUUUGAAACAUAAAAAAUGCACCACUUCCUAUGGGGCCCGUCUGACAUCUUCAAGUGGGAGAAUUAUGCUCCAGAGUGUUCCAGGAACUGAGCUUUAUCGGGAAAGAACAGUUAAAGCACUUGCACGGGAUUUACAAGUUCCCCUGUUGGUGCUUGAUAGCAGUGUUCUUGCUCCUUAUGAUUUUGGUGAUGAUGAGAUUGAAUCAGAUGAUAGUGCAGGAGAGGAGAGUUGCUCGGAGUCAGAAGUUGAGGAUGAUAAUGAUGCAGUCAAUGAAGAGGAAUGGACAAGCAGUGCAGAGGCAAAAUCAGAUUGUAGUGAUGACGAUGCAGUUGACUUGGAGGCAAAUGCUGAGGCAGCCUUGAAGAAGCUUCUUCCCUGUAGCCUUGAAGAAUUUGAGAAGAGAGUUUCUGGAGAAUGUGACAGUUCCUCUGAGUCCUCAAAGAAUGAGUCCGCAGGCACUUCUGAGAUCCCCAAAAGGCCACUUAACAAAGGGGAUCGGGUGAAGUACAUUGGGCCGUCCAUACGCAUUGAGGCUGAUGACAGGGUCAUAUUGGGGAAGAUACCAACAUCUGAUGGUCUGAAAAAUGCUUAUACAACUAUCCGUGGCAGGCCUUUAUCAAGCGGUCAACUUGGGGAGGUAUAUGAGGUGAAUGGAGAUCGAGUCGCUGUGAUUUUAGAUAUUGGUAAUGACAACAAAGAAGAUGAUGGAGAGAAGGAUGAGAAGCUCAUGGAGCAGCCUGCAAAAGCACCAGUUUAUUGGAUAGAUGCUAAGGAUAUUGAGCAUGAUCCCGACACUGGGAUAGAAUAUUGCUAUAUUGCGAUGGAGGUUUUAUGUGAGGUUUUGUGUUCUGUGCAACCCCUUAUUGUCUAUUUUCCAGAUUCUUCUCAGUGGUUGUCUAGGGCGGUUCCCAAGUCAAACCGCAAGGAUUUUUUAAGCAAGGUGCAAGAAAUGUUUGACAAAUUAUCAGGUCCUGUUGUUUUGAUAUGUGGGCAAAACAAAGCUGAAACUGGGUCAAAGGAGAAAGAAAGAUUUACAAUGCUACUCCCGAAUCUUGGACGGCUGGCAAAGCUGCCUCUCUCCUUGAAGCACCUCACUGAUGGACUCAGAGGUGCUAAGAGGUCCAAUGAAAAUGACAUAACUAAGCUCUUCACCAAUAUUUUGUGCCUCUAUCCCCCAAAGGAGGAAGAUCUUCUUAGAACAUUCAAUAAACAGGUUGAAGAGGACAGAAGAAUUGUGAUAUCAAGGAGCAAUUUAAUUGAACUGCACAAGGUUCUUGAAGAAAAUGAGAUGUCAUGCAUGGACCUAUUGCAUAUAAAUACUGAUGGCCUCAUUCUAACAAAGCGGAAGGCUGAAAAAGUCAUUGGCUGGGCUAAGAAUCAUUACUUAUCAUCAUGCCUGCUCCCAUGCAUAAAAGGGGAUCGAUUGUCUUUGCCCCGAGAAAGCCUUGAGAUGGCAAUUGUGAGGUUGAAGGAGCAAGAAACCAUAUCUGAAAAGCCAUCACAGAAUUUGAAGCAGAACUUGGCCAAGGAUGAGUAUGAGAGCAACUUUAUCUCAGCUGUGGUAGCUCCAGGUGAAAUUGGUGUCAAAUUCAAUGACGUUGGUGCUCUUGAAGAAGUGAAGAAGGCUUUGAAUGAACUUGUCAUUCUUCCAAUGAGGAGACCAGAACUUUUCUCUCAUGGAAAUUUGCUGCGGCCUUGCAAAGGGAUUUUGCUUUUUGGACCUCCUGGAACUGGGAAAACCCUUCUUGCCAAAGCGCUUGCAACAGAGGCAGGGGCAAACUUUAUCAGCAUAACUGGUUCAACUCUUACUUCAAAGUGGUUUGGAGAUGCUGAAAAGCUCACAAAGGCUCUCUUCUCCUUUGCCAGCAAGCUGGCUCCUGUCAUUAUAUUUGUUGAUGAGGUUGACAGUUUGCUUGGUGCUCGUGGUGGCUCUUUUGAGCAUGAAGCUACAAGAAGAAUGAGAAAUGAGUUCAUGGCAGCGUGGGAUGGUUUGCGAUCAAAAGAUAGCCAGAGAAUCCUUAUCCUUGGUGCCACAAAUCGACCAUUUGAUCUUGAUGAUGCUGUAAUCCGCCGGUUACCUAGGAGAAUACACGUGGACCUACCAGACGCUGAAAAUCGUAUGAAGAUUCUCAGAAUAAUUCUGAAUCGAGAAAAUUUAGAAGCUGACUUCCAGUUUGACAAACUUGCAAAUGCAACUGAGGGAUAUUCCGGAAGUGAUUUGAAGAACCUAUGUAUCGCUGCAGCAUAUAGACCAGUCGAAGAACUUUUAGCAGAAGAAAAGGGUGGCAAAAAUGGUGCAACUCCGGCAUUAAGACCACUUAAUUUGGAAGAUUUCAUUCAGUCAAAAGCAAAGGUGGGGCCCUCAGUUUCCUUUGACGCAGCAAGUAUGAAUGAGCUGAGGAAGUGGAAUGAACAAUAUGGAGAAGGUGGAAACAGAAAAAAAUCACCUUUCGGUUUCUGACACUUCCUCUAUCUAAUCAGGUUUCGUACUUCAAUUAUUCUUGGGGUGAAAAAGGGUGAAGAAAAGAAAUGAAAAGACCCUUUCCUAGUAGCAGCUAAUCCUCGAAGUAGAGCUUCUGCACUUUUUUGGUGAACGCUGGGCAAGGGAGGCAGCCUCGGAUGAUAUAAUGCAAUGUCACAUAGGCUUCUUGUAGGAUUCUGGCCCUUAUUUACGGGCUACUUUUCUGCCAUGUAUAUUACCCCAGAAGUUUUGACAUUACAUGAAUUCUACAUUUAUAUCCAGUAAUUCUCAAUAAUAGAGUACAAAGUAGCUGGUUAUGCCAAAUCUAUUUUUUUUUGUAGUUCGUCUUACCAAGGCAUUGGGAUGUGGCAUGUACAAGGCCGUGGAAGUUCUUUAGAUCAAUGAUUUUAAUCUUCUGUUA